AUGCUGUUCCCACCGCCCCUUGCUUAUUUCUUCGCGAAAAUGUCCGCUCGCCGUGCCUGUGGCGCUUCUGCUGCUGCUGGCGCCUCUGGCCCAGCCUUCUCGCCUGGCUGCCUUGUGUCUCGCGAGAUCGAAACUCCCCUUACUGAAGCCGGUGCCCAACUUUCUUAUGCUGCGUCCCGUUUAGAUGAUGCUGCUUCCGUCCUGCGCUUGCCCGGUGCACAUGCCGUGUCGCCUGCUUUUUCUGUCCAUGAGGAUUUGUCUACUGGUCAUUUGGCCUUAGAAGAUACUAUUUCUGCUGUGGAAGUUGCGCUUGCCCACCUCCGCCAGGCGGAGGGUCGGAUGACCGGGACCUGA